AUAUUACAUAAUAAUUAGUUAAUUGCCAUUUUUGUCAAGAGCCACAAUUUUCAGCUUAGGGUCAGAAUUUGCUCCAUCACCAUCGGAACGACAAACCUUGAAAUUACAAAGAUCAAGGCAGUGACGCUAAUGACGUGGGUAAGUACGAAAAUUGUGUACGCGUGGCGCAUAAACCCAGUGACGUCAUUAGAUUGUGUGGUUGAAUUUAAUGCAAUCAUGUUUCGACAGUUUGUACACUUUUGUGGUCGUCAUCCGUACUUGACUGCGUUGUGCGUUGCUGGAGUCGCUUGCGGGACUGCGUUUGUCACCGUUUACUCGCAUUCCGCGGAGGCUCGUCCUGUUGACGCUGCGGUGUUGGAGAGGACGGAGAAUGGUCGAGCAGAGACGUUGGAUGAUGAAAAGGAAGACGAAACGGUGGAAAGUGAGGAGGUUGGAGGUGAAGGUGACAAAGAAACGGCGCUGAGAAUGUUCUACUUGUCUCAAAUGCAAAACCGUGAAUCCAGCAGUGAAGGAGAAGACUCCGAUGUUGAAGAGCCAACGAACUUUACUAUUGGAUCUGAUGCUAUUACUAACAGAGACACUUUGCAUACACAACCAAAUUACUUUCCUACUACAGGCUCGGGUUCGGGCAGUGGGCGAAUCACAUUGCCACCAGUGCCUGACACUGUGAAUGUGAUGACCAGCAGAGUCAUACACCAGACUGCAGCGAUACGUGAUGAAACUAAACUGAUAGAAACAGUUGAAGAAAAAGAAAGUCACACCAGCUGAAGUCUGCAUUGCCACUGGGGCAAGCUGAUUGUCACAGAGUUGUAGACCAAAGACAUGAGAUGGACAUGCUCACAUGUACAGUAUAUUUCGUCAAUAGUGAUUAUUUUGAUAGCAGAAACUCGAUCUAUUUAUUUACGAUGUGUACAUGAUGACAUUGUUUUGUAACAGAGGUGUCAGCAAAUUGUGAUUGUGGAGCAUACACUGACACUCAAAGGUUAAUCGUUGGUCAAUCAUUAUGGUAAUGAUUGAUAUCUAUGUCAGAUAACAUCGCUCUGAAUUGUUGUCCGUAAAGCUGUGAUUGACCAUUACUCUGGUUUGUCAAAAUUACCCAAGGGUAUUCGGUGCAAAGGAAAUUUUGGGAUGCUCGUGCCUUCUCGGGUUUCUCAUAAGUACAUCACCAUUUCGCAUUGCAAGCAGAGAGUGUGGGGAGCACUGAUGGGGGAGUACAGGUGGGUAGGUGUUGCUGGGUGUGGGUGCUACUGAGUUUGUGGGUGUGUAGAGCCAUAUCUACUUUUGGGUGUGUGCAUGUGGGUCUCUAGGGAGUCUGAUUCAGAUGUGCGAUCUCUCCACUGCACUACAUGAG